GCUCAGGUAGAGCCCGUGUGUUCCCAGAUGUGCGGCGUUUAGACGAAACCGACAACCCGCCGAAAAACGGUAGAGUCAGAAAGCUGUCGAGAAUGAAUUUACAAAAACGACAAUAAUAUGAAAAACAAAGGAAACAGAAAGACGGGCACAGGACUAUGCUGUGCCAACCUCAAGGACAACAAAGUCUUGAUGAAGAUGGGGUUGGCGCUGGUGCUGGUGGGCCAUGUAAACUUUAUUCUUGGAGCGCUGGUGCACGGCACUGUGCUCAGACACAUCAGUCUGCAACGCCAGGUCAAGAAUUUGGUGUACCCCAUCGCCAAUAUCAUCAUAUGUGUCCUGCUGGUCUUCAGUUUCAUAGCAGGUUUCCUGGCGUCUGCCUCCACCGCGAGCUUGUUACUUUCUGUGAUUACAGCCAUUAUGUCCAAAGGAAAGGCCCUGCUGACACAAUGCAACGAAACCGUUCAGAAUAUUAGCUCUUUUAGCAUCACAAACGAAUGCCCCUUUGAUCCCACCCGUAUCUACGCGACCACCAUCAUUCUGUGGCUGCCGCUCAUCUUUACGUCUGUUGUGGAAGCGGCGUUCUCCUUCCGUUGCUUUGCUGUCUGCACUUCACUCCUCUACCUCUGCCCAUGCAGGAAGAGGCCACGUGUGAAGAACAGGAUGCGGAGAUCUGCUGAAACCACACAAACGCCAACACUGCAAUACAGGGAGACGGACGCUGAAGCGGGAUCUACAGAGCAGGAUGACCUGCUGGACAGCAACACUGCUGGGGUGCAUUUUGACUCACUCUGAAGCAGCUGAAUCUAAGAGAAUAGGUUACAAAGUGCUGAGCUGCACUGGCUAAAGCGUGUGGUGUUACACAUUUAAUGUAUGAAGACAAGUUGACAGUAGGGCUAGCCUUUUUAUAUCAAAAUGCACGAGCAAACAGUACUGCUACUGGUUUGGUUUAAUAUUUAGAUUUUUGUUUAAUGUACUGAUGUCUUAAAUACAGAGCUGCCACCUGUAGCUUAAAAGCUAACUUGGUUAUUUUUUUGUAUUCUUACGUCAAAGAAGUAAAACGUUUCCAAACAAAACUGAAAACUACGGAAACUUUUGUUGAUCAAUAACAUCUGGAAGCUGUCGUCUUUUGUGUUGAACACUUUUACUGAUGUUUUUCAGAAUACAA